UUCAAGUGAUUCGAUCUUGACGCAAUUAUCAAGACUUCCCAAAUGGCUGCAGUAUCUAUUGUUCAAAGUUAAGAAAUUUAAACAAAAUGUUGAAAUUUCUUUCGGCUCUGGUAAUUUUGUGUAUAACUGGUUGCAUUUACACGUCAAACUCAACAUGGCGGACUGAUCGAAGACCUAAAGUCAUGGGUAAUAAACUCUCACUGGAUUUAUUAUCGCCAAAAUACAAAAGAGUGCAGAUGGCAAUCACAAUGUGGCACAAUUCAUUCCGAAGUAGAGUUGAACCAAGUGCAGCUAAUAUGCUACUGAUGAAGUGGCAUAAAGGUGCAGCAACAGCUCGACGAUGGGCGAAUGAAUGCAUGAUGUUAACCCAUGACAAACCACAAGGGCGAUCUGUGCAUGGGUUUGGUGCUUGUGGUCAAAACAUAUUUGUUGCAUCACAAAAGGUCCCAUGGAGAUUUGCAAUUGAAACUUGGUACCUUGAAAAGAAAGACUUUAAAUAUGGUCAAAAAGGUAACGAUCUACACGUUAUAGGGCAUUACACCCAAAUGGUUUGGGCAACAACACAUUUAGUUGGUUGUGCUAUCAACGAAUGUCAUCGUUUCGGCAACAAUUCAUCCCGGACGUAUUUUGUUUACGUUUGCAAUUAUUGUCCUAUGGGUAACAAACCAAUGCGUCUUUCUCGUCCAUACAAAAAAGGAAAACCAUGUUCAUUAUGCCCACGUUCCUGCGUUGGUAAAAAAUUCUGCACAAAUGCAUGCCCAGUUGCAGAUAUAUGGGCGAAUUGUCGACAACUAAAGAAACGCUUCUCAAAUUGGUUAUGCAACACACAAAACACCAUCAGUGGUAAAGAGAGGUUUGAUAACUGCAAAGCUACCUGUGGUUGUCGUCGACAACUUCACGACUAAAUUCAUCAUAAUUUCAUCAACAUUACCAAGAACAUGUUCUAACCUUCCGUUUCUCGUCUGUAAGUAAUACGUUUCUUUUAAAUUACAAGACAUUAUACGUUAUAGAAACUAAGAUAACUAUGUAACUGUACAAUCUGCUGCCAUCUUGUAAUGCACGCCAACUUGGGACAUAUCCCGUUGAUGCGAUGAUACUCGCGUUGUUAUAUCUUUCAUUCCAGCGUGAAAUAUCAGUAAAACGUUCGCAAUUUUCGACGAUGUUCAACACACAAAAGUGGACAAAUUAUUUCACAUUUUACAAGAUAACUGUAUAUAACCUUAAAAUAAUUGAACAUAACCACAAUUCAAGUGGAACAAUAAAAUAUACCUACAUUGAA